AUGAAUCAACCCAGAGUUGGAAUCAUUGGCGUUGGCCACGCUGGCUGCGCGCUCGCGGUCGAUUUCGAAAGUCGAAACGUCAAAACCAUCCUGUGGGCAGCACCUGGGCAUCGCCGAGUCUACGACCGUGUGGUCGAGCAAGGCCACCUAGAUGCCACCGAGGCCAUCACCGGCCGGUUCUACCCUAGCCUCACGCAAGAGCUGGCCGAGGUCCUGCAGGCGGCCAGAGUCGUUUUAGUUGCGGUGCCGUCCACCGCCCAUGAUGGAAUCAUCGACACAUUGGCGCAAUACGACCUUAGCCAGCACGUCGUCAUAUUCAUUACGGGCAAUUUCAUUGCGUCCAUUGCGGCGGCUAGACUCCAAGCUAAAGCAGUCAUGACCACUUCGCGGGCUCCAUACUCAUCCCGCACGCAGCUGAAUGAUGCCGGUGAUGUGCAAAUCCGAAUCAAUGGCAUCAAGAAGAGGCUGGAAAUUGCGCGAUUCGGGAGACCAGUGGAUCAGCGGACCCGCCAUCACCUCGGACAUUUAUUUUCCAUGCCCCUGGUCUGGUAUGCAAACACGCUGCAACUGGACUUGUCGACGAACCACGGUGUGGUUCAUCCGCCGACUAUGCUGUGCAACAUCGGGCCCAUUCGCCGACAGGAGACGGGCCUGUUCUUCUACCGCGAUUGCAUGACGCCCGAGGUAUGCGACCUCAUGCUCGCCGCCGACAGGGAGCGGUUGCAGGUGGCGGCUGCCCUUGGCUUCACUCGGAUGGAAAGUGUGCUGGACAUGUUCAACGCCGACUAUGGGGCUCAAUGUUCCGACCUGGCCACGUUUGUCGCCAGCAACGCGCAGCUCAACAAACGACCUGGACUUCCUGGUAGUAUGCUUGCACGCCAGGUCUCCCAGGAUAUUCCUUUCUGGUGUGUGCCGGUCGCAAGCUUGGGUGAGGCACUGGGCGUCCCCACUCCGAUCAUCAGCGGAUGGAUUUUGUCUUGCAGCACGCUGAAUAAGACAGAUUAUCGUGCUGUGGGGCGGACGCUGUCAUCUUUCAGUCUCCCGGAUGGGGCAUCCAAGGAGGAGAUUCUUUUAGCGUUCAGGGCCUUCAGUGAUGAAGGGAAAGACAUUGGGAGUCUGCCAAGUCAGGGGUUUGCGCUUAGCGCAUCGCUGUGA